CGCGUGCAUGUGUGUGUGCAAAUGCUCGCGUACGUGUCUGUUGCUUGCCGUCAGUGUGUCCUUGGCUCCAUAGACAAGCAGCAGGUUAGCUAGAGAGUUAACCACUGGAUUUGACGGCUAUAGGAAGACAAAGCGGAGGACGCCGUAACUGGGAGCAGAGGAACCUCUUCGUCGCAGAGCACACGGCCCCGUAGCUCCAGAUGGCUUUCUUGAUCAAGAGCAUGAUUGGAAACCCCCUGUCAGGAAUGGGUCUUGGCGGUGGAGGUGACAAAGAAGAGGAGGCCACCCCCUCCGAUCCAGCCAAGGCAGCAGGAAUGACACGCGAGGAGUAUGAAGAGUACCAAAAGCAGUUGGUGGAGGAGAAGAUGGCGAGAGAUGCAGAUUUCUUGCAUAAGAAGGCGGAGAGGGCAACCCUCAGGGUGUGCCUCAGAGAGAAAUACAGGCUGCCAAAGAGCGAGCAGGAUGAGAACAUGAUCGAGAUAGCCGGCGACGACGUGGACGUGCCGGAGGAGCUGCUGAAGAUGGUGGACGAGGACGCCACGGAGGAGGAGGGCAAGGACUCCAUCAUGGGCCAGAUUCAAAACUUGCAGAACAUGGACAUGGACCAGCUGAAGGAGAAGGCCUCGGCCACCGUCACCGAGCUGAAGAGCAAAGCGGAGGAGAAGUGCUCCGUCAUGUGAACGCUUUGAAUGAUGGAGAAGGAGACAAAGGGAGAACGGAAAGAACAGCAUUUCAACACCUUCUGAGAAUCUACACACCACGAAGUCCAUUAUAUUACAAAUUUUUAAAUAAAAAUGACUUAUCAUAAAAAACCUACUGAAGGGAAAACAGUAUUGUAAAAUGUUACCCAACAGCUUGUUGGUAAAAAAUAUACAGCUGCUCACACAAUGACCAGAAACGGUUUAAAAUGAUGUCCAGGAACCUGUGUCCCCUAAUAACUGUUCAAACUAAUGAUGUAGAAAAGUAAUUUUCCCUGAAAACUCCAGUGUUCAUAUUUACACCUUUUUCACGUGGUCCCGAGCCACAGUAAACAUUAAACUGCUGAUUAUUUGUGCUCUAAUCUGAGAUAGUUUUGUCUCUGAUGCACUUACAUAAUCCACCAAGAGUUCCACCUUAACCAAGUUAAGAACCAAUCCUCUGUUUAAAGUGUCGGAUUAUCUAGAUUUCUUUUCUUUUUUGUAUGUGUGUUUGGGUUAAUUAUAACAUUUAGCUUUUCUUUUGAUGUUGUUACCAGACAAGUAACCUUUAAUAUUUUGACCUGCUGACUUGUCCUCAUCCAGACUUUAUUUAUCAUAGAAACUGUCCGGCCUGUCCGAACAUUUGCACAUUUGCACAAAUCAUGACUUUAAAAUACUGAUUGCUUAUUCCAUAAAAUAAAAUCAUUGUACAUAAACACUGUUAUGUAAUUGUACUUUAAAGUGAUAAAUAAAUAUAUGUCUCAAAUAAACAAAAAAUACCGAAUAAAUGUUAAUUUAUGUAAAAUUACACUGUUAUGUAAUUAUCUUGAUAUUAUUAAAUGUUUCCUUAUGUUUAAUAUCAAAUCCUUGUGCGUUAUAAAGUGGUCGAUACUCUGUUAAAACCAUUAAACAUAUAAAGCUUAAUCAUCUGAUUAAUCCCAUUUACAGUCAGUGUUGAUGCAGCGAAUAACGAAAUGGGUCUUAAUUUAAUUGGGCAUUAUCCAAACACUUGUUGGGGACGAUUAAGCAAAACAGAGCGGAGGGAGGAACGAAUCCUCUACAUUUGGAGUUUCACAGCAACCCAAGUUUAAAUGGCCGUGGAUUUGUAAAGUCUGGAGAUUACAGACUAAUAGGAUCAGUAGAGCCAAGUUUGCCAGGCCUGGUUCUCUCUGUAUGAGCAGAGCAGAUGGGGAUGGUUAGCCAAAAGUAAAGGACAGGAUAAAUGAAGGAAAUGCUGUUCACUCGUAGUUAUUGAUAUGGUCAGAGUCCGUGUAUUGUUAACAACCUCAAAAUACAGUUAAUUGGCGUGGUUUUAAAUCAGUUCAACAACUGAAACAGAGUAAAGAAAAAUAACAAUAAUAGGAUUUCCUGAGUCUUUUAACCUGGAGGGCCUGAAGUCAGAGGCCUUUAGCGUCUGUCUGCAGAGACGCCGUCCUCAUGAUCCCCUGCUCUCAUAAAACACACCGGCUGAAUGAAGCCCAGCGCAGAACAGAUGUCGGCACCCCCAGCUUUGUAAAGCGACAGGAAGUUAGAAAAGUUGUGUUGUAUAAAUAACACUUCAGUGGCUUUUGGGCGCAGAUGAAGACAGUGCUCAGUUAGCAUCUCUCUUUCUCUCCCUGUGCCCUCUCUCCUCUUAGCCAAACAAAGGAUAAGGUCACCUUCUGUAAUUAGGAAAAGCUAAAUAGUUUUAGGGGUUUUAACUCUUUUGAGUAAAAUAAUGUAAUCCCCUUAAGCAGGAUUACCACACUGUUGUCAAUCUUUGUUUGCUGUUAAGUGGUUAUGUUCCAAAAUUGUUAUUGUUUGGGCUUUGUCGCCUUCUUUGGCUCAGCGCCUGUAAGAAACAGGCUGGAGAAAGUGUGAAUGGUUCAUAAAUCAUAAUAAGCCCAUUAAUGUCUAUAAUUGCUUUAAUUCACCAUGUAGGUGCAACAUU